UCUCGGGGAAGCGAAGCGGAGCGCGGCGUCGCUCCUCCUAUGACGCGAACGCCACCGCCACCCUGAAGCUGAGGAGACGGAAAAGGGCGGAAGGACGCGGCCUCGGGGCCUGCAGCCGGGGAGCUCCCCUCAUUCACAGGAAUGGAAACAAAAAGUGGGAAUCAAGAAAAGGCCAUGGAAGAGGAAAGCAGUGAGAAGAAAAAGGAAGUAGAAAAAAAGAAAAGGUCUAGAGUUAAACAGGUGCUGGCCGAUAUUGCCAAGCAAGUGGACUUCUGGUUUGGUGAUGCAAAUCUUCACAAGGAUAGAUUUCUUCGGGAGCAGAUCGAAAAAUCUAGGGAUGGGUAUGUUGAUAUAUCACUUCUUGUGUCUUUUAAUAAAAUGAAAAAAUUGACCACAGAUGGGAAAUUAAUAGCCAGAGCACUGAAAAGUUCAGCUGUUGUAGAGCUGGACUUAGAAGGCACCAGAAUAAGGAGGAAAAAACCUCUGGGGGAAAGACCAAAGGAUGAGGAUGAGCGGACAGUGUAUGUGGAAUUACUUCCCAAAAAUGUUAACCACAGCUGGAUUGAAAGAGUGUUUGGAAAAUGUGGUAAUGUUGUUUAUGUUAGCAUACCACAUUAUAAAUCUACAGGAGAUCCAAAGGGAUUUGCAUUUGUGGAAUUUGAAACAAAAGAACAAGCCGCAAAAGCUAUUGAGUUCCUUAACAACCCCCCAGAAGAAGCGCCAAGAAAACCGGGUAUAUUUCCUAAGACAGUGAAAAAUAAGCCGAUUCCAGGUCUCAGGGUAGCAGAAGAAAAGAAGAAGAAAAAGAAGAAGAAAGGCCGAAUGAAGAAGGAAGACAACAUGCAGGCCAAAGACUCGAACGCGGAUGUGGAAGUAAGUAAAGAGAAUGUCUGCAAAGUGAAAAGAUCUAGGCCCACCUCGGACGGCUCCGAAACGGAGGCUCCUGAACCCCAGAAGCCACCCUCGAAGAAAAAGAAAAAACGGGAGAAGGCCGAAGCGUCCGGCUUACCUCUAGUCAGAGCAGGAAAAAGGAAGCGAAGUAACUCUGAAGACACAGAAGGGAAUCCAGCGUCCAAAGUAAAGAAAACGGCUCCGAAAGAAGACAUUAAAAAAGAGACUUCAGAAAGCUCCAAAGAAAACAAAGACUUAGAAGUUUCCACGGAAGAGGAGAAGGAUACAGGAGACAUCAAAGAUGGGUCGCUCUCCAAAACAAAACGGAAGCACAAGAAGAAGCAUAAGGAGAGGCACAAAAUGGGAGAAGAGGUGAUCCCUCUGCGUGUACUGUCCAAGAGUGAAUGGAUGGAUUUGAAAAAAGAGUAUUUAGCGCUGCAAAAAGCCAGCAUGGCAUCUUUAAAGAAAACAAUAUCCCAAAUAAAAUUGGAAUCGGAAAUGGAGACAGAGCAUGGAGUUUCUAAUAAGUCUGAAAUAAAAAAUGAAAAAGCAAACAGUGAAGAGCGUGGACCCCAGGAGAAGGUUCAUGCACCCGGCCCGCAGUUUGUGAGCGGAGUAAUUGUGAAGAUUCUCAGCGCUGUCCCUCUGCCUGGCAGGAAGCUCAUCAGGGAUACUUUGGCAGCCAUCUCAGAAGUUGUAUAUGUUGAUUUGCUGGAAGGAGACACAGAGUGCCACGCCCGAUUCAAAACUCCUGAGGAUGCCCAGGCAGUCAUUAAUGCAUAUGCAGAAAUUAAAAAGAAGCACUGCUGGAAACUCGAGAUCCUUUCUGGUGACCAUGAGCAGAGGUACUGGCAGAAGAUUUUGGUAGAUAGACAAGCCAAACUUAAUCAACCUCGGGAAAAGAAGAGAGGUACUGAGAAGUUAAUCACCAAAGCAGAGAAGAUUAGACUGGAAAAGACUCAGCAAGCAAGUAAACACAUUAGAUUUUCUGAAUAUGAUUGAAAAGUUUUGGUUUACCUCUGAAUAUUUCACUGGAUACUUAAGCUAUUAAAAAUAAAAUAAAAAUCCAUUUUUAUUAUAGUAAUACAUAGUGAUUGUUUCUCUAAAAUGUACAAUUAAUGAAAAGAAAUGCCUUUACGGGGCUGGAGUGAUAAUACAGUGGGGAGACCAUUUGCCUUGCACACGGCCGGCUCGAGUUUGAUCCCUGGCAUCCCAUAUGGUCCCCCAAGCACUGCCAGGAGUAAUUUCUGAGUGCAGAGCCAGGAGUAACCCCUGAGUGUUGCUGGGUGUGA